AUGCCUACCACAGAACCCACAGACACCAAUACGGCUCCAAGGAAAAGGAGGAAGACUAGCAAAAAUCGAUUAACGAAUGUUGUGGAGAAAGAUGCCUUGGAUUUGGCACGUGACAAGUUACCGGAAGGCUACACACCAGACAUUUUCAUUGGGAUCGAUCCUGACGUUAGAAUACUGGUCACGGCUGCGUCGACUGGAUAUCUUCCACAGCAACGGCAAGGCCGACAGUGCAAACACCGCCACAGACGUCGUCGCUUUCGCAAAAAAGAUUCGAGGAAGUGCAUUGCGAAGAACCAACACGGACACGGUCAGCGAGUUAUCGGCGUCAGCACAGCUGAGUACUAUCACCUGGCCAAGCUCAAUAAGAAGCGCGUAUGGGACCUCAACUUGAGGAAGACAGAACCUGCGUACGUUUUGAUAUUGAAGGAAAUGCCAAGUUUUAAUACUUCUCAGCUGACAACAUUCAUGGAUCGACUCCAGUACUUUGUGAAGCACGUGGGCUUUCUCGUCUCGUAUUCGACCAAAACUUCGUUUCGAAAGUGGAGAUUCUUAACCACAAGUUCGAAGAUGCGGGCGUUGACUGCGAUUACCAAGCGACUUGUUCCGAUCCGGAGUGCGCAGGUCUGCAUCGCAUUUGGUGAUUGGAGCUGCCAGGACGGUCUCUGUGGAAACCCUAGCGCUCCAGUACAGGCACUCAAGAAAGAACUGGAACAGUGA